AUAGAUAGCCAACGAGGCGAGAAGCGCCGACUAUUUGACUUAUAGAUAACGAGACGAUUUUAAUAAUUCUAAGUAAUAAAUAACCGCUCUUGUUGCCAAAAUCAUCGCGUGUCGGGCUACAAGUUGGCAGCUAAUCUCUGAGCUCCUCAGUAUUUCUAAGUUUUUUUGGAAACCAUCCACUUCAAUCCUCACGAAUGUGACCUGUGAAUCAAGUAUUUAAUUCAAGAACAAUUUUAUAACAACCUUAUCUGAAAUUCGUCAGGAUUGAUCCAAUUUUGUACCAGUUAUAACCAAGAUUCACUAAACAGAAUUUGCCAAGACUACGUGCAUUAUUCGAAAAUGAGCAAGCCCGGCAAGCACGGAAUAGAUGACGAUGAUAGCUUCGAAACGGGUCAAGCUUUGAAACGGCUGGACACAAGAUCUACCCCUAAAAAUAAAGGCCUGGAACAAAGUAUAAAUAUGAAGCUGGAUUUUAAUACAAUCGACGAAGAAGAUGAAGAAUCAAGAUCACCCCAGGCGGCCAGCAGUUUUGUCAAUAGCCUGUGGCCUUUGCUCGAAGCCAAAUUAGAUCGCUGGAUCGAGUCCUCCCUUUCGAGAAAGGUCGAGGUAUUGGCCACUGAGGCAAUCAACAAGUAUGUCUCGUCAAAAGAGUUUAAAGAAUCACUUAGUGAGACCGUUGGGUUUGAUCUAGCAGAAUCAGCAGACGAAAUCCAAAUAUUACGUAAGAAGACAGAAGAGCGAGAGAAGAUAGCCGUGGAAGUGGACGGUGAGCUAGAUGAAUUGGAACAGUAUUCUAGACGUAACAACAUAAGAAUAGACGGCAUCUCCCAGACCGAAGAAAAAGAAGAUACAGAUAGGCUGAUAAUAGAAACGAUCAAAGCUAAAAUCGGCAUAGUGAUCGCACCAGCGGACAUAUGCCGAUAACACCGCGUGGGACAGGCGAAAGGUUCUAACCUCCGGCAAAUAAUCUGCAAAUUUGUCAGGCACAACAUCAAGGCUAAAAUUCUGAAAGAAAAGAAAUCUUUAAGAGAAAAAAAAAAGAAAAAUUACGAGUGAACGAGGAUCUAACUAAAGGCCGGUUAGAUGCCAUAAAAGCCAUCAACUCAAAGUUGGACAUCUACAAGUUCUGGACAAUCGACGGAACAAUCCACGUACGACUAAACAAAGACAAAGACAAAGCCAAAGAAAUAAUACAUUCUCUUCGCCAGUUGAAAGACCUACAACAGUUAAUUGAAAAGUUAGUGUAAACCAUCCCAGUGAAAGUAAGAUCUUCUACAUUUGUUUUCACGGCGAUUAUAACAGAUUAAUCCAGGAUGAAUCUAAUAAGAAUUUAGGAGGAACUUGACAUUGCAGAUUUUUUUUACCUGAUUUUAAAUAUGAUCUUUAUUUUAAAUGAUUUAGAAGUUCACUAAAAUAAUUUAUAUACCGGUGUUUCCGUAAGACUUAGAAGUAUGUUGGGCUUAUACCAAGCUAGCUCUGUCUAUAGAUGACAUCAGGAAAAAAUGUUACAGUUGUUUAA